GAUUGUAAACUGAGAGAGGCUCAUCGUGGUUCUUCUACUCACACAAAUACUAGAUCAAAUCAAUUGAAAUUGAAACCCUUGGUUGUAGAGAGAGAGAGAGUAAUGGCGACGUCGAUUUCGGUACUCCGUUCACCUCAUCUUCCUCCGACCGUCGACCAUAAUCGAGAUUUGAGUUCUUCCACGAAUCUGUUGUUGAAAUCCUCCUUUGUUCGCAACAAUAUUCAUGCUCCUUCCAGAAAAAUCAAAGAUGUUACGGUUAGGGGACGAUGUGUUAGGUCUCCGGUGUCUGCGACGGCUUCGGAUAAAUAUCUGGACUAUAUCCCCAAGCAGUUCAGGGAAGGAAACCUUAAAGAUGGAUUGAUGGAAAAUUUCAAGAAUGUUCCUCAAUAUCUGUACGGUCUUAGUCCUUCACAAAUGGACAUGUUCAUGACAGAAGAUAAUCCUGUAAGGCGGCAAGCGGAAAGUGUAACAGAGGAAACAAUUUCGUCCUCUCACAAUUACUUGAAUCAUGGAGGAAUGUGGAGUUUAUCUGGAAUGCAUGAUAAGGGUCCCGCGAAAUACAGUAUGAGCGUCAGCAUGUAUCGCGGUGGAGGUAGAGCAGCCGGAAGACCUAGAAGUGCUCCACCCGAUUUGCCAUCGUUGCUUUUAGAUGCAAGAAUUUGCUACUUAGGAAUGCCGAUUGUUCCGGCAGUGACUGAGCUUCUUGUUGCACAAUUUAUGUGGUUGGAUUAUGACAAUCCAUCUAAGCCUAUAUACUUGUAUAUUAAUUCAUCUGGAACACAGAAUGACAAAAUGGAGACAGUUGGAUCUGAAACAGAGGCGUACGCAAUUGCUGACAUCAUGGCUUACUGCAAGUCUGAGGUGUAUACAGUGAACUGUGGAAUGGCAUUUGGUCAAGCAGCAAUGUUGUUAUCCCUUGGAACCAAAGGAUAUCGUGCCUUACAGCCAAAUUCAUCCACAAAGUUGUAUCUACCUAAAGUGACUCGAUCAAGCGGUGCUGCUAUCGACAUGUGGAUCAAGGCCAAGGAGUUGGACACAAACACAGACUAUAUGUUAGAGCUUCUAGAAAAAGGGAUUGGAAAGCCGAAAGAUGAGAUUCGUAACGAUAUCAUGCGACCUAAGUACUUUCAAGCCCAAGAUGCUAUUGAUUAUGGCAUUGCUGACAAAAUAAUUAGCUCAAGAGAUAAUGCUUUUGAGAAACGGAAUUAUGAUGAGAUUCUUGCACAAUCGAAAGCCGCAAGGAGAGCAGCAGGACCAGGUGGCGGUGCACAGGCAGCUCCCUCUGGAUUUAGGUGAAACUGUAUGAUAUUGUUGUACUUUUAGCCACUGCCAAAACUUGUGAUGUAUACAUGGAAGAAAUUUGACUUUCUGUAGUGGUGAUUUGAUGAUCUGAAAACUAUCAUGGGCUAUGAUAACUCACAUGAUACCAAAGGGCAUUUGGUCUAAUGGUAUCAAGGUGUUGGAUAA